AUGAACAUAAUAAAUUCACUAGGAACAACAGAUCUUAUAAGUAUAAUUGUAUCGAUUAUCCUUGUAUACAUCGCAAGAUUUUAUUACAAGUAUUUUACACGACCAAAUCCUUUGCCGGGACCAGUUCCAUUACCUAUAGUUGGAAAUUUUUUAUCGAUUUUUUAUUAUGGCAAAGGUGAUGUAGCACUAUGGUUAAAGUUACUACAGGAAAAACAUGGGGAUAUUUAUGAAAUAUAUCUUGGAAGUUUAAGAAGAAUUGUAUUCGCUCGAGCUGAUUAUGUUGAAAAAUUAAUGUCGCCGUUCACAAAAACCAAUUACGUAUUGAGAUUUGAACAUAUGCCAGUAUUUGAUGAGUUAAAAGUUUCAGGAAAAGGAAUUGUAUUUAACGCAGACAUUCCUACUUGGAGAAUAAAUCGACAAUUAUUUUCACAAGCUGUUCUUACUCCAAGUUUCUCAAAAGAGGCCUUACAUCGCAAUCCAAUAAUCUUCAAUGAACUAAAUGAAUAUUGGAAAGAAAUUGGACAAAAUGUAUCAAUCGACUUUUCGAAAUGGAUUCGUAAAUUCACCACGGAAUCUAUCUUUCAAUUAGUUGUUGGAUUAAAGGUUAGCUCAAUGGCAAAAUAUUUUAAUGAUAGUGUAGAAUUAUCAAAGAGAAAGUUUAUUGAGUCAAAUCCUAUAGAUAAAAAUAUUAUAAAUUUUGAUCAAAUCAUUGAUGCUCGUAUAAAAUCUACACCAUUUAUUUUAAACGUUCCAGCUUUUUUAAGACAUACAAUUUUUAAAAAAAGGAACGAUGAAAUUCAUGAAAAUAGAAAUGAGACCCGAAAAAUUAUUAUGAAGAUUAUUGAUCAUCGUCGAAAAGAAAUUGAAGAUCACAAGGAAUUAGGAAGUGACAUGUUGACAUUAUUAAUCACAGCAAAUACUGAACAGAUUGAUGAACAACAUUCUAAACCUUUAACCAAUGAUCAAAUUUUUCAAAUAUUAAUUGAGGCUAUUAUUGGAGGAAUCGAAUCAACCGCCAAUUUAUUAUGUUUUAUCGUAUAUCAUAUAGCUCAUUACCCUAAUAUAUUGGCUCGUAUGCGAGAAGAACUUGAUACCAUUUUUGGUUCUGAAAAUAAUCAUCAAAUUACUAUGGAAGAUCUUUCAAAAAUGCAUUAUACAGAUUCUAUAAUCAAAGAAUGCGCUCGUCUUAUUAAUCCCUCAAAAUUAACUUAA